AUGGCUUAUUUAUUUCGUGUGCCUGGAGCCAAGUGGUUAAGUGCACAUCCAUGGGCAUCGCGAAAUGAGCAUCGCGAAAUCAAACCCAUUUCCAUUUUACACACCAUUUCCAUGGACACGCUCACGACCGCCGAAAGCGUGACCCGAUUCCUUCGAGGCAAGGAUACGCCUGUGGCGCAAGCGUGUGAGGUGGCCAGCGCCCUUUUGGCGCACAAGCUAGCGGUGUUUCUUCCCAACGCCUCGCAUUUUGUGUUUGACUUGGUGUGCGACCGCAUUGGCGACAUGAGCGGCAAGUUCCGGACGUGGAAACUAGACGCGGGGCUCUGGGAGCUCUGGAAGCAGCUCUGGGCGGACAUGGGGCGUCUGGCUGUGGACAGAGAGUGCCGAGCAGCGUCUUUCCGGCGGGUCAAGUUGAUCCCGGUGAUGCUGGCGGUGUUGGAGCAGGGCCACGACGAGCUUGUGGACGCCAUGUUCGAGUGCGUGGAGGAGUUGCGCACGGGCUUUAUCGAUGUGGACGAGUAUGCGGCCGUGGGGCUUCUUGCGAGCCACGUCCAGAUGCUUGCAGAGAGAAGGAGCACAAAGAAAGACAAAACCAAAGGCAAAGACAACGACAAAACCAGAGGCAAAGACAACGACAACAAAGACAAAACCAAAGACACCAAAGACAAAACCAGCAAACAAAUACAACUAAAUGGUGAAAAUGAAGACUCCCUUACCAAAAGCCAGGACGCCACAUCGGACGAGCGUCUCUGCCGAUGGACUUCUGCAGUGGCACAGAUUGUGUGGCUUGCUCGCGCCGCCCACCGCCCCACGAAAAAGAGCCAGGCGCGCCUUUUCGACGACGUGGUGCCGCGGGCCGCGCAUCUUCUCGCCUGCCGCGCGUUGCCGCCGCCCGCCGCCGCCGAAUUGCUCGCGCUUCUAGUGCCCUGUGCUUUCGCCCCAGACACCGCGCCGCAGCUCGCGCAGCAUUUGCAGCGCCUUGCCCAAGACGACAAACUCUCGCCCGCCGCGGCAGAAUAUCUUUUCGAGCAAACCAUAGCGCACGUUGCCGCACGAGACAUGGCGGUGUGUGAAGCGGUGUUUGGCGCGCUCACCUGCGGCGCGCUUGCGGCGCUCGCCGAACAGUUGCUUGCCCAACUUGCCCGCGUCAACCGCACGCUUCUGCCGCAGUUUUUCGCCAACCUCUACGCCAGCGAGCGCGAACGCGAAAGCGAGGGCGAAAGUGAGGGCGAGAGCACAAGCGGCCGGCCCAACUGGCGCCUCUUGGGUCUUCUCGUGCGCCUUGAUCCGGCGCUCGCGCUUGCCCAGUGGGAAGAUGUUUUGGGCGGCGCCGCCACACUUGCGCCCGAAGAGAGCGCGCAGCUCGCCGAGGACUUGGCGCGUGGUUUUGUGGCCGCACGCGAUGCGCCACGCUUUUUGGCUGACGUUUUGCCCCAGGCGCUCGCCAAAGUGGCCGCGUGGGCCGACCCGCAGGUGUUGGGCCGGUUGGCGCCCGUUGUGCGCGAGUUGACGCCCGUGCAAGCGCGCGCGCUCGCGCAAAAGUACACGGACGCGCGCGCGACCGUGCCGUUGGCGCUUCUUUUGGAGGGCCUUCUCCAGGGCGGCGGCGCCGCGCGCGCCGCGUGCCGCUCCACCAUCUGUGCGGCCGACCUUUCCGAGCCGCGCGUGGCAUACCUCGCCAUGUGUUUGUACGGCGACGCCAUGACGGAAGAAGAGCGAGAGAACAUUAAAAGGGAUGAAAACAACGAAGGAAAGGACGAAAAAGAGAAAAAGAAAAAGGAAAAGGGAAAAGACAACGAAAAAGAAAGCAGAUCUCUCAAUUUCCUCCACCUUCGCAUGGCCGAGCUCUCUGCCAAUCUCUCAGAGUCUCUCUCAGCGGGCGCGGCCCAGUACAUUUCGGCGCUUCUGCCCACCGAAGUUGUUCCGUUUGCCCAGCGGUGGCUUGUGCUAGUGGACAAUAUGCCGCAGGCGCGCGAGGCGCUCGUGCAGCGGUUGUUGGCGCUUCCGCCGGCGGCGUUUUUGUCGUUUGUCGAAGCCCACGGCGCGGUGCUCUUUGAGCGCCGCCUGUUGAUGGCGGCGUUUCUGGCGCGCGCAGCCUCGUACGGCGCCAAACACGCCUUUUUCGCGCGCGUGCCGCCCGUCGUGUUCCGGCGCUUUUUCGCCGCGCACAUGCCGGCGCUUUGGGCGGCCGCACAGGCGGAACGCACGCCUCUGGCGCCAGACUCGGCCAUGCGCGCGUUGGCGCAUGUGGUUCGCCCCGCGACGCUUGCGUCCAAAGCCGAGUGGGACUUUGCUUCGCUCCGCCGCCUCGUCCGCCCCGACUCGCCCGAGUCUUUGCAAGUGGCCCGCGCAGUGUGGGAGGCGCAGGUGCGCAACUUCAACGAUAAGCCGUCGGCCGAGUAUGUGACCGAAGCGUUGCGGCUGUUGACGCAGGCGCUCGACGCCAAAGACAGCAACGACAAGAACAAGAGCAAGAACAAAAACACCAAAGACAAGAACAAGAACAAGAACAAAGACAAGAACGAUGAGAAUGCGGACUUCUCGGGCCACGCCGACCGCGCUCUUGCGGGCGUUGUUUUGGCGGCGCCGCCGCCGGCCGCAGCGGAAGCGCAGGCUCUCUUGGCGGGGCUCUGCGGGCAGUUUGUGGCGCGCGUGGUUUCGGCGGCGCGGUCGACCGCAGACCCGGCCGCGGCUGUGCGCGAACUCACGCAGCUCUCGCACAUUCCGGCGGGCGCGCGCGCCGAAGUUCGCGCGGCAGUGCGCGAUUUGGGCGCCCGCGCCACGGACGCCGCCCUGCGCGCUCUUCUCUUCGCUUUGGUCACAAAGAUAGCCCUGGACCCGCUCUAUGUCACGGGAUUGUACGUGGCGCUUGCGUCGGAGUGGUCGGAAAUCGAGCAGCCAGAACAGCAAAAGGAGCAACAGGAGCAACAGCCUGAGCAACAAAAGGAGCAACAGCCAGAAGUGCCUGCGCCGCUCGAGGCAUUGGGCGUGUUCUACUCGCGCCUCAGCGCCGCCGACUUUUCCGCCGUCUUCUCGCAUGUGCUCGCGUCGCUCGCCUUGCCCGACCUCGACCGCGCGUUCGUGGCGCCGUUGGUGGACGCGGCGGCGUGCCUCUUGCCGCUCCUCUCGAAGGACCGCGCGCGCGAACACACGCGCCUUUUCGUGGCGUCGCUCCUGGCCUUCCGGGCGCACGCCGUGCCGCGCGCGCUGGCGCUCCGUUUUGUGCGCGCCCUCAUUGCCAUGUUUUCCUCCCACGUUUGGGCGUGCUCGCAGUACAUGGUGGAAUGCGUGCUUUCGUGGGCGGCGCAUCCGACAAACACACCAAACAAAGGUGCAUCCACAAACACGGACAAAAAAACCACAAGUAUGGACAAAAAAACCACAAGUACUGACGGCAGUGUAAAUACAGGCGUGGCGGCCUCCGACGCCUCGCUCUACAUUGCGACCGUCAACCUCGUGUCGUAUGUGGUUUUGUUCCACCGCUUCCGUCUCUCGCGCCGGUACCAUUUGGUUGUGGGCGCCGUCUCGCGGUUGAUGGCGCGCAUGCCGCGCGAAAAGGCCGCCGCGUCUGCGCUCGCGCGCCUUUUGGUGGCCCUCUGCGACCCGCAGACCCAGGCGCUGGCCCGCGACUCCGCCCUGCUCACGUCCGAGGCCAACAUCUACAAAAAGGCCGUGCGCCGCCAUGCCCACGUCUUGCUCGUCAACUACAUCCACCAGCAGUUGGCGGACCCAAUGGCCAACGCAGUGACCGAGGCGCUCCGCCCGGGUAUAUUCAGCGUGUUUUCGCUUCUUUCGGGCGCCGAAUUGAACUUGGUCAACCAGUGCUUGGAUUCGCUGGGCAGAGCCUACUACCGGACAUUGUAUUCGGCGUACAAGGACCAAGGCAAGUGGCACGACAUAUAG